AGAUUUCACACGUGCGAGGCCAUUAGGGGAUUUUUGAGGAAACAGUUAUAGUAAAUGGUAUCAUCAUCACCAUCGUGGCGUCCGGAGUUUGAGUACGAGAAGCAGAGAGAAGCGGUGGAGGCUGGUGAUUUUGUGGAGGAUAAGAAUGUGGUGGUUGAAGCUCUUAAUGGAGAUGAGUCGGUGACCUCGAAAUCCAAGUGGAAUUUUCAGCAAAUUAUAGUAAAUGGUAUAUCAUCAUCACCAUCGUGGCGUCCGGAGUUCGAGUACGAGGUGAAAAGUAGUAGAUCGGAUUUCGGUGUGGUGGAGCAGAGCGUUGUGGUGUUUAAGCAGAAGCAGAGAGAAGCGGUGGAGGUUGGUGAUUUUGUGGAGGAUAAGAAUGUGGUGGUUGAAGCUCUUAAUGGAGAUGAGUUGGUGACCUCGAAAUCCGAGUGGAAUCUACUGAGCAGGAUGAAUUCGUCGGAGAUUCCAGUGGAGAUUCUCUUACCCGUGGAGAACCUCUGGUUUCUGCCAAGUUCGGCCACCGGAAACUUGUCAAUAAAGCCAGUCCAGAAGUGGAGACUGGAGAGCACGGGGGAAGUGAUUACGGAGAAGAAGGCAAUGCCGUUGUCGAGGCACCUGAAGAAAUCAGAGACGUUUAAGGACACAAGGGAGGAUCAGAUGAACGUGGAUCCGCUGGCUGAGCCGUCGCCGGUGGUGAAGAAAUCGAAAACGUUCAAGGACCGGACCAAUUUCCAGCUGUCACCUGCGCAAAAUAAUUCACCGGCGCUUCUCGGAUCUCUGAAGGUACAUCUUUCUAGUCACGAUAUUGGAGUUUUCUUCGGCGAGAAAAACUCUAGUUCUUCAAAAAACUCGCUCCAUCUAGAAACGAAUGGCCGAAGAGAUCACGUGCUUAUAAGGCGAGCGAUGUUGAAGGAGACUGAUGUCUUCCAACCUGAGAGUACCGGAAGAUCUCGAUGUUCCAAAUCAGAAAUACCAGAGGAAGAACACGUGGCCGAUGUUGAGGGGGACGACUUUCUAUCACUCAUGAGCACGGCUGGUGAUUGGCCAAGUUACGCUCCAAUUCGGCCGGAUUACCGAAUUCCAAUUAAGGAGUUUGGAUUUUCCGGAAACAGAAUUGGAAGAUCUGGCAACGAUCAAGGGAAACCUAGCGACAAUUGCGGGGACGAUGGAUUUGGUGAUAGGAGCAAAAUCGGCAACUAUUAUAAAGAAAUGUUGACGCUAAAUCCCGAUCAUUCACUUCUGUUGAGAAACUAUGGAAAGUACUUGCAUGAGGUAGAGAAUGACGUAGAGAAAGCAGAGGAGUACUACGGUAGAGCGAUAUUGGCAAGUCCCAGUGACGGGGAGGUGUUGUCUUUGUACGGGAAGCUGAUUUGGGAAACACAGAAAGAUGAAGAUAGAGCCAAGGUCAUUUUCGAUUCUUCCAGCUUCAGCUUCUCAAUUAAUUUUGGUGUAUUUAUCCAGUGACGAGCAGGAUUGCUUGAGUAAAUAUGUGUAAAAUCAUCGAAACACUCAAAUGGUUAUGGAAUGAAAUUUCAUCUAAGUUUAGCAAUAUGCCUGGGUUCUUUGCAUUCAUCUGUCUUCUUUUUCUUUUUUUUUCAAACCUUUAGUCAGCGAUGAGACUCACAAAUAAAAUUGGUAGCAGGUA